AUGGAGCACGAAAGGCAGAACAAAAAUGCCCGAGCACUUACUCAGAUAACCCCAAAGAAAAAGUUUGCCAUGUUGACUGCAAUUCUCCACAUUGCAGUUCCCAGUGCAAGCUUAGGAUGUUUUUAUCAAGUGGCUGUCAAUUUGGAAAAUUUGGUUGUGGAAACUAAUGUUACUGAAGCAAGUUUCUUAUUUUCUUCAGAUCGCAAAGCAAACUGUGAAGCCCCAGGAUCAGCAUGCUAUGAUCCUCGUUUCAUUGGUGCUGAUGGCAUUGUCUUCUAUUUCCAUGGAAAGAGCAAUGAGCACUUCAGCUUAGUCUCUGAUUUUGAUCUACAAAUCAACAGCCGCUUCAUUGGUCACAGGCCAGCUGGCCGACCCCGGGAUUUCACUUGGAUUCAAGCCCUCGGAAUCCUUUUCAACUCUCAAACCUUCUCUCUUGAGGCCACUAAAGCUGCAACUUGGGACAGUGAAGUUGACCAUCUAAAGUUCACUUACAAUGGGCAAGAUUUGGUCAUACCUGAAGGCUCUCUCUCCACCUGGUACUCUCCAGAGAAAAAUGUGAAAGUAGAGAGAGUAACAAAGAAGAACAGUGCCAUUAUCACCUUGAAGGAUAGAGCAGAGAUUUUGGUCAAUGUGGUUCCAGUGACUAAAGAAGAUGAUAAAAUCCAUAACUAUCAAGUGCCUGCUAAUGACUGCUUCGUCCACUUGGAGGUGCAGUUUAAGUUCUUUCACCUGUCCUCAAAAGUUGAUGGAGUACUUGGCAGGACUUACAUGCCUGAUUUUGAGAACCCAGCAAAGCCUGGUGUGGCAAUGCCAGUUUUGGGAGGUGAAGACAAGUACAGAACCCCUUCCCUUUUCUCUGCUAAUUGCAACUCCUGCAUAUUCUCUCCAGAAAGCAGUUCAAAUCAAGAGUCUUCCACCGUCAUGAACUAUGGCACUCUAGACUGCGCCAAGGGGGCUUCUGCAGGAUAUGGCAUUGUUUGCAGAAAGUAA